AUGGCGUCAGGUGCAACUGCCACGUCGAGUAGUAAUGCCCUCAGUGGUCUAGAUGCAGUCAAGGCAGUUCAGCAAUACAUUAACAAGAUGGUCACCGAGGUGUCUGGAAUGAAGGUCCUAUUACUCGAUGCGGAAACGACACCCAUCGUCUCGGUCGUCUUGACUCAAUCCAAUCUCUUGUCAAAGGAAGUCUACCUCAUUGAUCGCGUCGACAACAAGCAACGAGAGAAAAUGAAACAUUUAAAAUAUUUCAGCAAUGUAUUAAAAAAAUCCGCCAUUGAAAGGCUGGCUGAAGUGGACGAACAUGAGGUUGUUCGCGAAGUUCAGGAAUAUUUUGCCGACUUCCUCGCCGUAAACUCUGAUUUAGCAUCACUCGGUCUCUCUCCACCAACACAUCCACUCUUUAUCGAAAACGCAUCAACAUGGGAUCCAAAAACAUUGACCAGAACAAGUGAAGGAAUCAUAUCCCUCCUCCUAGCUCUGAAAAAGAAGCCACUUAUUCGUUACGAGACUAAAUCGGUCUUGGCAAAGAAAUUGGGCCAGGAAGUUCAAUACAUGAUGACACAAGAAGGAGGAUUGUUUGAUUUUAGAAAGACGGAUACGCCUCCUAUACUGUUAUUGUUGGAUCGACGAGGUGAUCCCGUGACGCCAUUGUUGAAUCAAUGGACGUAUCAGGCUAUGGUGCAUGAGUUGAUGGGAAUUACUAAUGGACGCGUGGAUUUGGCUGAUGUGCCUGAUGUUAGACCAGAACUAAAGGAAGUCGUAUUGAAUUCAGAUCAGGAUCCAUUCUAUAAAAAAUCCCUCUACCUAAACAUGGGUGAUUUGGGUGCAAACAUCAAAUCAUACGUCGAAGAAUACCAAACAAAACACAAAUCAUCAGCACAGAUCGAUUCUAUUGCUGAUAUGAAACGAUUCGUAGAAGAAUACCCCGAGUUUAGAAAACUGAGUGGGAAUGUGACAAAGCAUGUUACAUUAGUUGGUGAGUUGAGUCGAUUGGUAGAUAGGUAUAGUCUGCUAGAAGUUGGAGAAUUGGAACAGAGUUUAGCUGUUUCUGAGAAUCAUAACAAUGACCUCAAGACGUUGCAAAAGUUGAUUUCUCAGACAAACAUUCCUGACGAUAACAAGCUGCGGCUUGUACUAUUAUAUGCUCUACGAUAUGAAAAGUCUGAAAGGAACUCUGUUGCUGCGCUGAUGGAUGCUCUGGCUGGUGCUGGAGUCAGUGAAAAGAAGAUUGGGAUCAUUGGAGCCAUGAUUCAAUAUGCAGGUGCAGAUCAACGACAAGAAGAUCUGUUCAUGAAUACUGAUGUGACAUCAAAGAUUAAAGGAGUGUUUAAGGGUUUGAAGGGUGUUGAAAAUGUAUACACACAGCACACGCCACUCAUAGUUCAAACCAUUGAUGCACUCGUCAAGGGACGUUUGAAUACUACUUCGUAUCCGUAUGUGGAAGGUGGAACUAAAGACAAACCGCAAGAUAUCAUCAUCUUCAUGGUUGGAGGAGCCACCUAUGCAGAAGGUCGUGAAGUUGCUCGAUUGAAUACAGUGUAUCCUGGUGUGAGGAUAAUCUUGGCCGGAACGACGAUUCAUAACAGUAGGAGGUAG